GCCUAGCAUGAAAAUCAACGAAAAGAACCUGUGCGUCUUCGCGAAGGCACCGCCCUUUGACAUGGAAGGCUUCCUCAACAAGCGGGGCGAGGUCAAUAAGGCCUUCCAGAGACGCUACUUUGUGCUGAAGGGUAACCUGCUCUUUUAUUUCGAGUCGCGUACCGACAAAGAGCCCCUGGGACUGAUCAUUGUCGAGGGCUGUACCAUUGAGCUGUCGAAUGAGGUGGACAACUACUGCUUCGAAAUAGCAUUUAACGGCAAUCGCACCUACAUACUCUCCGCUGACAACCAGGAGAGCAUGGAGACGUGGAUGAAGGCUCUCACCUGCGCAGGCUAUGAGUACAAGCGUAUCAUUUUGGCCGAACUACAGAGGCAGCUGCAGGAACUGGACGAUUCCAGGAACAAAGUGCUUGGGAGUGCCAUAGACGGGUCUCAAAGUUCUGCAAGGGAAACUAGGCCAAGACCGCCGCCCAGGCGUACUAAUCCUUUUAACCGCCCGGCUCCUCCGCCGCCCGACAGUUCCUUAAAGGGCGGUGUAGUUAUGUCACCCAUGCCCUUUAUAAAUGGUUACUUUGGCUCCAGCAACGCGCGUCUCCAGCAAGAGCAGUUAAUGAUGAAACAAGAUGCCACCAACAGAAGUCCGCAUGGCACCCCCAAGACAGUCCGUCGCCUCCCGCCUCCCACUCAUACAGCUACCAGCGUUUUCUACCCAGAUGCGCGAGGUCCAGAAAUAGUUGGCGGCGUAUCUACAGUAUUACCGCGCGGCCCCAACAACAAUAAGGUCAACACGGGCCACACAAACAGCGCCAAGGAAGACUUCAUCCGGACCCAUGAGCGUUUUCGGCAGGAACUGAUGCCAGAAGUAAAGGCUUAUCGCAAGCGCCACAAUCAGCCCCUUAUCCAGCUGUGAUAACAAAGCGGAGAGGGCUGCUUUAUCGACAAGCCAAUCAUUUGUAUUACUCGCUAUUGUGCUAAACCAAUUCGCGUUUUGAACUUACUAUGUUUUAAUCCACCUGAUUUGUUUAAAUAAACGAAAUCUGAUUAGUGAAAA